GGGAAUAUAAUUUUAUGCAAUUAUGGUAUAAAAAGCGAAUAUCAUAAAUGUUCAAUAAGUUUCACAGCUUAUUCUGGGAUGAGCAGCUUAUUCUGGGACGCUUCGCGAUGAGAACUAUAUUACUUUUCAUAAAUUUUGUAGGGGUCCUUUAUUUGACCAAAGAGGUUAAGCCCGCGGUUGAAUUCAGAAAUAUAAUCUGUACAUCACUCGAUAAGACAUUCUCCGACUUUGAAUAUUGUUAUUUGAAAUCGAUAAACAGGACUUACAAAUACUUUUCCCUUAAAGUCAAUCUAUUCAAAGUUCCAAUCACAAGUGUUACGGUUAAUUUAGCACUCUACAAGCGAUUUAAUGGCUAUAAGCCCUUUUUGUAUAAUAUAACUGUGGACGCCUGUAAGUUUUAUAAAAAUAAAAAGAGUUUUCCUGUGGCACUUUAUUUUUAUGAGCUUUGGAGAGAGGUAUCAAACAUCAACCACUCGUGUCCUUACAAUCACGACUUGAUUUUGGAAAAAUUAACAACAGACAAAAUGAAUCAUCAUCUUACAACUGUGCUUCCAUUUCCGGAAGGAGACUAUAUGGUUCAAAUGCAUUGAUAUUAAACAGUUUAUUACUGGAGGCAUCACGAUGAAAACUUCGGUCUUUGCACUCAUUUUUUUAUGGCAAUAAUUUUGGAAAAAACAGUAAUGUCUAAUAUGGAGUUUAAGAACAUAAUCUGCACAUCACUUGAUAAGGAGUUUUCGGACUUCGAAUAUUGCUUUUUGAAAUCGAAGAAAAGGACUUACAAACACGUUUAUAAACAACUACAAAAUUUCAGCUGUUUAUUUUUAGCGCGGCCUCGCUUUGAAAAAGUGAACAACAAACAUUAUUUGUCAACGAUUCAAAAAAAUUCUUCCCUUUCCGGAUGGAGACUAUAAGUUUUAAAAGUACUGGUUUGCCUACGAUAUAAAUCGAGCAGUAUUCCAGAUAUAUUUUAGUUGGGACACACAUUUUCCAGAUGUGUGUCCCAACCCUCUAACUUAAACAACACCAAAGUU